AUGGUGAAUGGCCACAUCCCCUUGUCACAGGAGAAGCAGGAUGUAGAGUUGAAUGAGGCUACAGAGACUGUCUUCCUUAACUGCCCCUGCCGGAGUGUCUCCCGUGCUUGUUGGCCAGCCAUGGUGGCUGUGGUGGCUGUGGUGGCUGUGGUGGCUGUAGCUGCAGGGGCUCCCUUCCUGUCCCCUCUGCCCCCAGAGCUGCCAGGCUACCAGCUGGGAACAUUGGCAGCUGUGACCAAGUGUCCUGCGUCAUGGGCUGACCUGAACGAGCUUGUAAGCAGAACACUCAGUUUUUCUAAGUUCCUCCUGUCUUUCUUAUUUCCAGAUCUGUUCACAAGUGCCCACAAGGACUGCCCCAUGCCUCAGGGCACAGACACCCUGAGCCCAAACUUGCCCUCCCACCACCCACCACCCACCAUUGCUCCAGACUACGUCACUGGCAAGGACAAACAGAUGGAUUUCUGUUGGGAUCCUUGGCAGAGGUGCUUCCAGACCACCAACGGCUACCUGUCCGACUCUAGAUCCUGCUCCAGCAACUACAACGUGGCAGCCCUGGCCACCUCGUCCCUCGUGGGGGUGGUGCAGAGCAUCAAGGACCACAUCACAAAGCCCACAGCCAUGGCACGUGGCCGUGUGGCCCACCUCAUCGAGUGGAAGGGCUGGAGCGCCCAGCAGUCCGGCUGGGAGCUGUCCCCAGACGAGGACGAGCAUUAUUGCUGCCUGCCAGACGAGCUGCGUGAGGCCCGCUUUGCUGCAGGGGUUGCUGAGCAGUUUGCCAUCACGGAGGCCACACUGAGCGCCUGGUCCUCUCUGGACGACGAGGAGCUGCACCCCGAGGACAUCCCCCAGGACAUGGUCCAACUGCAGGACCUGGAGAGCAUCCACCUUCAGGACAGUCUUCUGGCCUUCUCCUCCCCAGGCCUCUCCCCUGAUGGCUGGCCGUCACCCGAGGAGACCCCCAUCACGGCUGCUGCCCCACAGCCCCCUGGCCCUGAACAGCAGCAUUGGCAGCAGCUGCCGGGGGGCCCAGGGUCUGAGGGUGGGGCCUGCCUGCAGGGCUCCCUCCCCUCAGUAGACAGCGGCUCCCUCUCAGAGGACGAGGUGUUCUAUAACUGAGGCGGGACCGCGGGGCCCGGAUCCUGCUCACACUACCUUGCCUGGAGGGCAGCCCAGGUGUAUCAGGGCAUCAGGUCGGGCUGGGCCUCUCUUGGCCCCUCAGGGCUGGCAUGGGGUGGGUGAGGCGGGGAUGGGGGCCAGUACUCCUUGUGGACCACUCUGUGCCUCCAUGGACCUGCCCCGAGCAGUGGGAGCCAUAUCCUCCUUGUCCCUCUUCACCGGCUCAGGUGGGCAGCUUCUCCUGCAGGGUUUCUGCCAUCAGCGAGCUCGAGGACUCAGCAGACACCACGGCAGGCUGCCCAGAGGAGCCAGCAGCCAGGCCUCCGGGCGGACGACCGUGGGACACCCACUUGGCAUGGGUCCUGGGGACCCUGCCUUGACCCCGGGGCUCAGGCCCUCCCCCUCUCCCUCUGGGCUUCAGCCCCGCAUCAGAGGUGGGGUAGCCUCUUCUGGUAGCUAAGCGUCUGUUCCUAAGCUGUCAUCACGGGGAGACCUAUCUCAUGGAGCAUCUGUCUGUCCCUCACUCUCUGAACCCCUAUGCCCCUGCUCCCCCUCCAGGCACCCUCCUCCCCUCUUCCUUUAGAAGGUUCUCUAAAGACAUUAAA